AUGUGGAAAUUCCUUGGCCUCUCUUCGGGCAGUGAUGCUAACACCAAGACCGGACCAACCCGUGGUCUUCCAUCGUCUUGGUAUCGCUCCGCAGAAAUUUAUAAGCUUGAACGCAGAGCAAUCUUUUCCAAGAAAUGGAUUCUCUUGACUCACAAGCUGCGCUUCCAACAAGUUGGCGAUUACUUCUCGUUCACAUACGCCGAGUUUCCCAUUUUCCUGAUCCGAGACCGUGAUGGUAGUAUAAAUGGUUUCCAUAAUGCUUGCCGUCACCGUGCCUACCCGGUGAUCAAAGACAAGGCUGGUAAGACUGGCAUUAUCAGUUGCAAGUACCACGGCUGGUCGUACGGACUGAAGGGAAAUUUGGCCAAGGCGCCUCGCUUCGAGACGGUUCCAGACUUCGACAAAAACCAACAUGGACUAUUGCCUAUUCAUGUCCAUGUUGACAAGACUGGCUUUGUCUGGGUCAACUUGCAAGCUGAGUUGGAGGAGACAUGGGAGAAGCAGUUCGGCGGCGUUGAUGAGAAGACUAUGUUUGACUUUACGACUGGAUACAAAUAUGAUCACACGUGGGAAAUGGACCUCAAAUCUAAUUGGAAGGGAGUGAUGGAGAACUACAACGAAUGCUACCACUGUCCAACGAGCCACCCUCUCAUCGCUAGAGUUUCAGACUUGCCCAAGUACAAUGUUGAACCCAAGGGCAAUUGCCUAGAGCACACGAUCGUUAACAAGAAGGAAGACGAUGGUACAGACGACUUCAAACGAUCCAUUAGAUUCUUCUUUCCAUCAACUUCAGUAACAGUCACGAAGAAUUUCUUUUACAUCCAGCGUAUGAUUCCCGUCGACGAAAAACACACAAGGAUUGAGAAUGAGGUCUUCCGUCACGAUUCAGCCGGAGACGAGAUAUUCAAAGCCACCAUGGAGUUCUACGCACAAGUUCUAGAUGAAGAUAAGGAACUGUGCGAGUCCGCACAGGCCAAUCUAGAAGCUGGUGUGUUUGUUAGUGGAGAACUGCACCCAGAUAAGGAACGAGGACCAAUCCACUUCCAGAACACUGUCAGGAAGCAUGUGAUGGAGCAUAGAAGAAAAGAAGUUGAGCUGGGCGAGCCAAUAUUGCCUGCGAUGCCCAAGGUGGUCGGGCCAAUGAAAACAGGAACGUAUGAUCAGGAUGCGAUGUUGUGCUCCCAGUUGGAGAGGGAAAGUUGUGGUGCUCAGGCAGAGCUGGCUUGGUAG